UCAUGAAUAACUUUCAGUUUCACUAACGCAAAACUAAAACACACUUCGGCUCAGGUAAAAAGAAACCUGCUGUUUUAUAUGUCUUUCCGACGUACUGUCUUGUCUGUUUGAAUCUAUAGUUAUCGAUCAACUGUCUGACAGACUGUAAGCCCUGUACAACGUUACAGAUUAUAGAUUUCAAGGCAAGCCAGGAUCAAAGUUGACGAACGUUUUUAGUUACGCUCAGUGAGCUAAGACGAUAUCACUGGAGUCGUAAUUUUGCAAGUGACUUACAUCUUAAAAACACCCCUUUGCACACCUUAUUAGCUGUGUAGCCUAUGUUUCUCUGAUAUGUGCAGUAAAAUGGCAGAAGCCAGUAUUUCAGUGACUCAGGAUCAGUUCAGCUGUUCAAUCUGUCUGGAUCUACUGAAGGAUCCAGUGACCAUCCCCUGUGGACACAGUUACUGUAUGAGCUGUAUUACAGACUGCUGGAAUCAAGAUGAUUCAGCAGUUUACAGCUGCCCUCAGUGCAGACAGACCUUCACUCCAAGACCUGCUUUAAACAAGAAUGUGGUGUUUGCUGAAAUGAUGGAGAAACUGAAGAAGACAGGAUUAAGAACUGCUUUUAAUUACGCUGGACCUGGAGAUGUGGAGUGUGAUGUCUGCACGGGGAGAAAAUACAAAGCUGUCAGGUCCUGUCUUAUGUGUCUAAACUCUUACUGUCAAAGUCACCUUGAACAACAUGACAGUUUCUUUAAAGAUAAGAGACACAAUUUGAUUAAUGCCUCUGGACGACUCAAGGAGAUGAUCUGCUCUCAACAUGACCGACUGCUGGAGGUUUACUGUCGCACAGACCAACAAUGUAUUUGUUUGUUGUGUACAAUGAAUGAACACAAAAUUCACACCACUGUUUCAGCUAAAGCAGAGAGGACUGAGAAACAGAAACAGUUGUUGGAUAUUCAAAGAAAACUCCAGAAAACAAUCCAGAGAAGAGAGAAGAUGCUUCAAGAGCUGAAAGAGGCUGCAAAGACUCAUAAGCGCUCUGCACAGGCGGCAGUGGAGGAGAGUGAGAGGAUCUUUACUGAACUGAUCCACUCCAUUAAGAGAAGCUGCUCUGAGGUGAUACAGAUGAUCAGAGAUCGAGAAAAGGCUGAAGUGAGUCGAGCUGAAGGACUCUUGAAGCAACUGGAGCAGGAGAUUGAUGAUCUGAGGAGGAGAGAUGCUGAGCUGAAGCAGCUUUUACACACAGAUGAUCACAUCCAUUUCCUACAGAGUUUUCAGUCUCUCUCUGUUCCUCCUGCAUCCACAAAAAGCAUCAAAGUCAGUUCUCUCCUCACUUAUGAUGAUGUGAGUAAAUCUGUCUCUUUGCUAAGAGAGAAACUUGAGGACUUCUGCAAAGAGGAGAUAAAAAAGAUAUCUGGUGAAGUGACAAACGUGGAGAUUGUUACCAUCCCUAAACCCAUAUCCAGAGAUGAGUUCUUGUAUUAUUCCUGUCAGCUCACCCUGGAUUCAAACACUGCACAUAAAUAUCUCCGUCUGUCUGAAGGCAACAGAGUGGCUACGUUUAUUGGGGCUGACCAGCAGUAUCCUGUUCAUCCAGACCGAUUUCAUGGUUUUUCUCAGGUGUUGUGUAGCGAGAGUGUGAUUGGGCGCUGUUACUGGGAGGUGGAGUGGAGUGGGAUGGCUGGUGUGGGAAUAUCAGUGUCAUAUAAGAGCAUCUGCAGGAAGGGAGAGGGUGAUGAUUGUGUGUUUGGAUUUAAUGAUCAGUCAUGGAGAUUGUGCUGCUCUAACUCUAGUUAUGCAUUCAGACACAAUAAGAAAGAGAUUAAACUCCCUGUAGUCUCCAGCUCCUGUAUAAUAGGAGUGUAUGUUGAUCACAAAGCAGGAAUUCUGUCCUUCUACAGCGUCUCUGACACAAUGACUCUCAUCCACAGAGUCCAGACCACAUUCACUCAGCCGCUCUAUCCGGGGUUUGGGAUAAAUUUAGGAUCAGCAGUGAAACUGUCUUCUUCAUAAAUUCUAUCAAUAUAGAGACAUAUUACAAAUUUAAGCAUCGUGAUAAAAGUGGAUGGGUAUACGUGGUUAUCACGUUUUUUCCCAUCUUUACGGUUACAAUCCCAAGUACAGUUUAAUCUGGAAUGUCCACAAACUGUUCAGAAAAAUUAUAAUGAUUAUUUUGGGGUAAUUUUUAAUUAUUAUUUGUUCUGAAAUAUUGUGUAUGGGUGUUUGUGCUCUGGUUCACUUACAUUAGGGUUGAAAAUGGAUCGCUUCGCAGUUAGUAUUUACUAGGAUACUUCAAGUUGCUGUACUUUUCAUUUUGUAGUAUUUGCAUUUAACUCAAAUGUCUUAUGAAAAUGUUCUAAAAUAAACUACUACUGACACCAGAUUAUUUUACAAAAGGCUUUAAUGAGAUAAAAUACUCUUAAAAAUAAAUAAAAUAAAAUAAAAAACAAAAUACUCUUGCAAAAUUACUUUGAUAAAACAUUGCUUUUCAUUAAAACGUUAUUUUAUCAACUUUUAGCACCAAAAUAUUAAAGCGCAAAUGUUGGCCUGAUGUACAUAACCAAUAACAAACAUAAUGAAAUAUCAACACAUUUGAUGAUGCCUUUAUAUUGUUUUUGUAGGUAUAAUUAAUUAAUAAUUAAUUUAGUGGUUUUAAUGUGUGAUUUUACAUUCUUUUACGAUAUUCACAUACUUACCUACAUAUAAAUACUACACAGUGAGUACGGGCAACCUUUUAUUUAUUUUUUAUUUUUUGAGUACGCGCAUCUAUAUGGGCAUCUUAAACUUAAGUGCCAUCUUAAACUUAAGGACUAUAAGGCCUAUAUACUUUAAGGAAUUGCAGAGCUGUGUAGUAACUGAUUACAUGUAAUCUGGAUUACGUAAUGAGAUUCCACAAAUUGUAAUUAGAUUAAAUGACAUUUUAAUAUACUCGUAAUCAGACUACAGUUUAUUUUUUAUUGAUUACAUAUUAUUUACACACUAGCAAUAUUUUAUUCACAAUUUAUUGAUUCUCCCUAAUUCCUCUUCUUCAUCUUUUCAGUUUUCCUUUCUAAAAUAGCCUACUGCAUAUAUACAUUCAGAAAGUCUUCCAGUUUUGUGGACAUUCAAAGACCAGUCAUUAGUUAGGUGGCUACACAGCAUUUGACCACUGGAUUUACAAAACAUCAUUUCAGGUUUAAGAACUGUUUUAAAAUUGCAUCAACUACUGAUGAGCACAUUAAUUAUUUUUUUAAUUAUCACUCAGUGGGAUAUUAAUCAUGUAGUACUAUGUCUCUUUUUAUCUUUUUAAAUACUUUAAAAUGCACAACUUGUAAUGCAGGCAUUCCCAAACUUUUUUGUCAUCUGAACCUCUAUCACCUAAUAUAUUUACUUGAAGUACCACUGAGAUUUUAAAAUAAAUAUUUUAAUAAUUAUGAAUCACAUUUGCAUGUUCACGGUUCUCUGCUGGGGUGUAUUCCAGAAAGCAGGGUUAACUUACCGUCAGAUAGUGCUGGGCGGUAUACCGGUUCAUACCGAAUACCGGUGUUUAUUUUUCUUAUGAUAUGAAUUUUUAAAAUACCGCAAUACCGGUGUUAUUUAAAUAACGCUCGGAACGCGACACACUGUUUGAGAGGGGUCUCUUUUCACUAUUGCAUUGUGGCAAGAACACAGCUGUAUGUGUUACUAAGCGUGUUCUGAAGCUGUAGAACUAGUAGAACGUGAUGAUGACACAGAAGAACUCAUCCACAAUAUCCACCGCGCGCGCCGCCACCAGCUCCCGCGUCUCACACACACGAGCAUGACUUUAGCACCAUAUUUAGCAACUUUCAGACCCUUUUAGCGGCUUUUAUUCCAUAGAAUAUACAAACUGACAAACCUAGCGAAUGUUUUGGAUAAACCUUAGCUAUGGUUCAGUUGGAAGAUGUCGCCAGUGCUGCCCCGCGAGCGCGAGAUCUGACUCCCAGCGCAGCGUCGCGUCUCUCUGCGUCUGUUCUGUGCAGCGAGCGGCAGAGAAGCACCGCAUUCAUUUGGCCGUACCGCGACUGUUUGGAAUUAUAAAUAUGAGCAUAGUUCGUCUGUUAAUAUUAUGCACUUUUUUUUUUAGUUUACUCAGACGCAGGCAGUGCGCUGCAUGAGACAAAAAAGUAAUAUAGCCAAAACCACCGCAUAGCCGCUCUUUAGUAUAACGUUAGAUGCAUGUUGAUUUUAUCAGACGAUGUCGCGAUUAUAAAUGAGAAUGACUCCUGGUUAACAUGUAUUAAUGGGUCGUGUUUAGUCACUAUUUAGUGUGGAAUUUUUCUACAAUAUUCGCUCAUCAUGACAGUAAAAUAGGGCAUUCUAAGUCAAUCUACUGCAAUUUUUCCUCUCUCAAUCAGUAGAAAAUGUGGUUAACACCCGAUCAUGCAUGAAAAAAAUAAAUACCGUCAUAUACCGUGAAACCGGUAUAAUUUUGAAAAAUACCGUGAUAUACAUUUUUGGUCAUACCGCCCAGCACUACCUUCAGAUAAACCCUGAACUUACGGUUGAUUAACCCCAAACCUUGCUUACUCGAGGUAUGUGGUUCCGGGAGUAAGUUCAUUCAACUCAGAGUAUGUUCCUGGUUAAGACUCAAGACAUUCUCAACAGAGCGACGAAUCGACGAGUCACUAUGGAAACGGAUGCUAAGAAUAAGCGCGCCAUACUGCUUCUUUCUUCUUCUUCUGUUCAAAGGUCAUGUAGGCCUUAUGCUUAGUGCAUAUCGCCACCUGAUGGUUUUGGAAUCAUUUUUCUUUUUUUUUAUUUAAUCUUUAAUCCUUGAGAAUAAGAAUUAUAUUGUUUGUUUGAUGCUAAUUAUAUAUUAAGUUGUAAGACCUAACCAGCAGAGGGAGCCCUCACCUGAAUACUAACUGUGCUCCACUUCCUCUGCUUCUCUAGUCAUUUCCUGUUUGUAGCAUUUAUAAGCCCUUUGGGCAUGUGCGAAGUAUUGCCAGUAUUCCUGCCUUACCAAGCAUUUCUCUAGUACUCUGUUUGCCUAUUCUGUGUAUGAUUCUGCCUGUUGACCGGACUACGAUCUAUCUGGAUUUUGUAUUGACUGCCGUACUGACCUGAUGUUUGUGUUUGGACCUUCUGCUUGCCUACUCAUCUUUGUCUAUUGGAUCUCCCCUGUGUAUGUCAACGGAUUGGACUGCCAUUCUGGUUUUGACCUCUUGCCUGAAUUCACAUUUCUGUCUACUGAAAAUCCCUUUAAUAAACUUCUGCUAAUGGAUUCUGAUUCAGCCUCCGCGGCCUCAUUACAUAAGUCAUAUCAGAUAUGUAUUUUUGUUAUAGAAAUACAUUAUAGAAAAUGCCGAUCCAUGUGUGAGAUGAUAAUAUAAAAUGUAAUAUAUAUAUAUAUAUAUAUAGGCUAAUAUAAUAAAUUAAACAUUACCUUGUCAUAAUAGUGUUUUAUAAUUUAUACAGAUAACUGUUAUAUAUGCCAAUAAAAUAUAAUAACCAUAUUAGAGCAAUAUAUAGGCUAACCUUAUUUAUUACUUAUAUUAGUGCUUUAUCAUUAA